ACCCUCUCUAAGAGCAAAAUGAAAGUGGCUGUUGUUCAGGUGGAAUGUCUUCCCUACUUCAAUCAAGCUCAACUCAGAGGUAUUGUGGGUGAGUCCAGACAUCAUUACUAAACCAAUAUUAAUAGUACAUUUUACAAUUGACCAGUCUAAUAUUCUCUGACUAACUGACUGACUUAUGGUGAAUCAAAUGAUAGAAUGACUGACUGACUGACUGAGAGGUGAAUUUUAUGACUGAAUAACAACUGAAUGAAUCACUGUGUGAUUGUCAGACUGACUGACUCACUUACUGGAUUGCUGGUUGACGGACUGACUUUUGGACUGACUAAUCAGUUAACCAACUGGUGUGCACUGUUUGAUUGACUGAAUGAGUGACAUGUGUAAAUUAGUGUCCAGCCAAGAUACUUGUGGACGGACUUACCGACAGAGUGACUAACCUGCGAAAUGACUUUGUGAGUGACAGACCCACUAAGUAGGUUGAGUAGGCUGACUGACUGAAUGAUUGAUUUACUUAUUGAGAAACUGACCAAGUAAUGGACUGACCGAUUGAUCAAUCAACUGACCUGAAAAUAGACUAUCUGACUGACCUGUGGACUGAGCAGCUGACUGAAAGAGUGACUGACUAAUUGGUGACCAACUAGUGGACUGACUGACCAACCAAGUUACUACCUGGUUAACUGACUUACUGACUGGAUGGCUGGUUUACUGAGUGACUGAUGGACUUACAGUCAAGUCAAUGGAAUAGUGGACCGUUUGGAUGAGUGACUUACUAGGAAACCAAUCAAGGGACGUACAUUAUCAAUUGGUAUCAUAGUUUCCUCUAUGCAAGACAACAGUGUGUUGUUAGUUAUAAUUUUUUAGGACAGUGGAAACUUGUCAAUAGAGGAACCACACAAGGUAGUGUAAGCGGACCGUAUCUUUUUAAUAUAUUUUUGAACGAUUUGGAGAUUUUUUUUAAUGGUUGCCCUGUGCUUUUUAAAUAUGCCGAUGAUUCCACUAUUCUUUCGCCUAUCACUAGGAAUAGUGACCCGUCUGCCGACUUAGUAGGACAGUUCUUAACAUGGUGUAAAGACAAUAGAAUGGUCUGCAACCCUUGCAAAUGUAAAGAGCUGGUUGUUAGAAAGAAAAAUCAUAAUGUACUCUACUCUCCAAUUAAUAAUAUUCCCCAAUGUAAUAGCUUCGUUUUAUUAGGAGUAACUUUACAGAGUGAUGGAAAAUUUGAUGAGCAUGUAAGAACUAAGCUUGUCAAAGCAAACAAGUGUUUACACGUCCCCACGAACAUUGAGAAAGGAACAUUACUCUCAGGCAGAGAUUGAUCAUCUUUUUAUAUCGAUUGUUUUGGCUAAUUUUAGCUAUGCACUUUCAGUCUAUGGGGCAUCUGAGUCCGAUCUUACGGUUGUACAAAAAUUUUUUAGACCGAUGUCAUAAACGCGGUUUUAUCUCAUUUCCAGUUUUUAUCAAGAACCUUUUAAACAAACAAGACAGAAACAUUUUGAAGAAACUAAAAUCAAUGGAUUGCCACCCCUGAAAGAUAUCAUUCCUGUCCAAAAGACAUAUCUACACAAUCUCAGAAAAAAAAAGGCUGCUGUGCGCCGAAAAUUAAUACACAGCGCUUUAUGAACACAUUUGUAAAUAGGUUGAUAUUUAAGCUCCAUUUAUUGUAAUGAUAUACUUUUUAAUUCAUAAUAUGUAUGUAGAUUUCUGUAGUUUUUUCAAUUCAUUGUAACAUAAGAUAUGUAGUUUUAUCUUAUGAUGGAAUAAAGACUAAAGAAGUUAAGACUGACUGGCUGUCUGAUUGACUGACUUGCUGACUGAGUGACUGACAGACACACACUGACUGGCUCAAUGGCUGACCAGUUGACUGACUGUAAGACUGUCCACUGACUGACUUACAGUGUACUGUGUAACUGACUUAGAGACUAGCAGUCUGGCUUAAUGACCAUGAGACUGAUUGGAUGACUGAUUAGCUGAGUAAGGGGGUGACAGACACACUGACUGGUCUGAUGAAUGGCUGAGUGACUAAUCACUUAACUUGCUGCUGGACUGGCUAGCUUACAGUGACUGCCUAAUUGGAAAGUUAAAUGAAUAUUGCUGGGUAAGUUUCUAAAGAAACUGGUGCUGUGUUGGUUGGAGAGUAUAACAGGGUAAUUUAGUAUUAUCAACUGAGUUGAUGACAUAAAUUGGCCACCAUUAAAGAGUUUUAAAGCUGACGUUUCAAGCAUUAGCUCUCCGUCUAAGCAACUGGAAAGUUGCCCAGAUGACUAAUUGACUAGGUCUGCAUUUGAUUGAGUUACCAAUUUAUUUAGACCAAACGACUGGCUGAUUUACUGACUGACUGGCAAAUAAACUCACUGAUUGACGGACUAACAGACUGACCCACUGACUGAUAACUCGCUUACUCACCAACUCGCUAACCAUCUAUCUGAAUGACUUACUGGCCAUUUAAUUGUCUGAUGCACCAACUUACUGACUGACUUUUUAACUGAAUGAUUUUAAACAUUUGUAACAGUUAAUGGUUGGGUGAAGACAAGAGAAUUUUAAUGAAUAGCCAAAUUUUACUUAACUUGGUAAGUUUUAACUUAAGUGUGCGAAAAUACGAUCAAUUUAAAAAUUAAUCAGCCAGUACAUAAUUGACCAACUCAAGUAUAGUGAAUGAAAAUAAAGAAAAUGAAACAAAAAAUGGCGGGAAAAUUUUAAGAUAUGGUUUUAGGAGUGAUGGACAGAUGAAUUGACGAGAUUAUUGGGUAAAACACUGCAGACCCCUGAGGAUUCAGUAAGGCAACACCAAGGAAGACGUUUAUUGAAAAAUGAUCUCGCGAAUGGCUGGACGUGUUUACCGUCUCUUAAAGCACCACAAAUCAAAUUCAGCAUAACUUAUGUGAGCGUCAUUUAGUUCCAAGUGGAAACUUAAGUAACUUGCUACCUGGGUCUCUUUUCCAGAACACUCACAGUUUGGUGCUUUCACGUUGUUGUUUUGCAGAGGAUAAAGAAAUGUACAAAGUGUUAAAAAGCACGUGCCGAGCCCUUGUUCUGCUCGUGAGAUCUUUUUUUUUUACCACGUCCCACGUCCUCGUGUUGUGGUUUGCUUCAGGUUCUUAAUGUGGCCAAUUUGUUAAUCUUUUCUGUUCUUGAAUCAAUUUUUUGCAGGGGAACAAUUUUCCCUUGAGGACUGCAUUCGUGGAGGAAUUGUUAGUGUUGUCAACGUGGAUUGAAAGUUUCAAGCUAA